GCAAUGGGGCCCGGAGCUUCAGGAAGUGGGGCCAGGACUGCGACAGCUCCACCCUCAGUGCUGGGCUCCGGAGUCAGCCUACAUGCCUAUGACAUAGGGGUCCUGGUCGUCUACUUCGUCUUUGUCAUCGGUGUGGGGAUCUGGUCAUCCAUUCGUGCAAGCCGAGGGACCAUUGGCGGCUACUUCCUGGCGGGGAGGUCCAUGAGCUGGUGGCCGAUCGGGGCCUCUCUGAUGUCCAGCAAUGUGGGCAGUGGCUUGUUCAUCGGCCUGGCUGGGACAGGAGCUGCAGGAGGCCUUGCCGUUGGGGGCUUCGAAUGGAACGCAACCUGGCUGCUUCUGGCCCUGGGCUGGAUCUUUGUCCCCGUGUACAUUGCUGCUGGUGUGGUCACCAUGCCACAGUACCUGAAGAAGCGAUUCGGGGGCCAGAGGAUCCAGGUGUAUAUGUCUGUCCUCUCCCUCAUCCUCUACAUCUUCACCAAGAUUUCGACUGACAUCUUCUCUGGAGCCCUCUUCAUCCAGAUAGCCUUGGGCUGGAACCUGUACCUUUCCACGGCCAUGCUGCUGGUGGUGACGGCUGUCUACACCAUCGCAGGGGGCCUCACGGCCGUGAUCUACACAGAUGCUCUGCAGACGGUGAUCAUGGUGGGGGGCGCCCUGGUCCUCAUGUUCCUGGGCUUUCAGGAGGUGGGCUGGUACCCAGGCCUGGAGCAGCGGUACAGAGAGGCCAUCCCUAACGCCACGGUCCCCAAUACCACCUGCCAUCUCCCCCGGUCUGAUGCCUUCCACAUGCUUCGGGACCCCGUGAGCGGAGACAUUCCGUGGCCAGGCCUCAUUUUCGGGCUAACAGUGCUGGCCACCUGGUGCUGGUGCACAGACCAGGUCAUUGUGCAGAGGUCUCUGUCUGCCAAGAAUCUGUCCCACGCUAAGGGAGGCUCCGUGCUGGGGGGCUACCUGAAGAUCCUGCCCAUGUUCUUCAUCGUCAUGCCUGGCAUGAUCAGCCGGGCCCUGUACCCGGAUGAGGUGGGCUGUGUAGACCCUGACGUCUGCCAAAGCAUCUGCGGGGCCCGAGUGGGGUGUUCCAACAUCGCCUACCCCAAGCUGGUCAUAGCCCUCAUGCCCGUGGGUCUCCGGGGCCUGAUGAUCGCAGUGAUCCUGGCCGCCCUCAUGAGCUCGCUCACCUCCAUCUUCAACAGCAGCAGCACCUUGUUUGCCAUCGACGUGUGGCAGCGCUUCCGGAGGAAGGCUACGGAGCAGGAGUUGAUGGUGGUGGGCAGACUGUUUGUGGUGUUCCUGGUUGCCAUCAGCAUCCUCUGGAUCCCCAUCAUCCAAAGCUCCAACAGCGGGCAGCUCUUCGACUACAUCCAGGCUGUCACCAGCUACCUGGCCCCACCUAUCACUGCCCUCUUCCUUCUGGCCAUCUUCUGCAAGCGGGUCACAGAGCCUGGAGCCUUCUGGGGCCUCAUGUUUGGCCUGGUCGUGGGCCUUCUGCGCAUGAUCCUGGAGUUCUCAUACCCAGCUCCAGCUUGCGGGGAUGUAGACCGGAGGCCAGCCGUGCUGAAGGACUUCCACUACCUCUACUUUGCUCUCCUGCUCUGUGGGCUCACUGCCAUCGUCAUCGUCACCGUCAGCCUCUGUACCACCCCCAUCCCUGAGGGGAAGCUCGCUCGUCUGACGUGGUGGACACGGAACCAUCCCCACUCUGAGCUGGAGAAGGAGGCCCCGGAGGGCACACCAGGGACCUCAGAGAUGCCACCUGGGGCAUGCCCUCCUGGCGGAGAGACCGAGAACUCCAGCCAGGACCGGGACCAGCACGGAGCCCGGCGCGGGCCGUGGCGCCGGCUGCUGUGGGACGGGCUCUGCGGGCUGGGGCCCCCGGCGCAGAGCCCGGCGGAGCCGGCGGCGCGCGGGCGGGAGCUGACCAGCAUCGCCGAGGAGCCGCUCUGGAGCGCCGUCUGCGACGUCAACGCCGUGCUGCUGCUCGCCGUCAACGUCUUCCUCUGGGGCUAUUUUGCGUGACUUCGCAGA